AUCUUAUCAGAAAUCAGACAUAUUUAGAAUAACCUGUAUAUUUAAAAUAAGUUUUACAGUAUGAAUUCUAAAAGCUCACAAAAUUCAAUCAAUUUGUAGUUUUUUAUUGGGGCUCUAACUAAAUACUUACUCGAUAAAAGUCCUCUGAGUCUGAGCUGAGCUACAUUUUCUAUUUUGGGGUUAUAAAAGUGACAUCUUGCAUUGACAUUAGAGUCGUAAUUUGAAAUAGUUUACUAUUUAUAAAUUAAAAAGAAUACAGCUGUGAUAGAAAAUUUCAUGGUAUUUAACAUUAAUAAAUCUGCUUCAAAAAUGUCAAACAAAUUCGAAACAUUGAAACACCAUGUGGACGACGACAGUGGAAGUGGAGACGAAGAUACAGGCCCAAAUAUCACUGAUUUGGGCCCCAUUGACUAUCCUCCAGGAGAACACAGGCUGCAACAUCCCUAUUGUCUAUGGUUUUCAAAAAGACCUCAACAAAUACAAGGGUUACAGGGAUAUAGUCAAGCAUUGAGGUUGGUAGGGCAGGUGGGCACAGUAGAGCAAUGGUGGGCCUUGUAUUCGCAUAUGGUUAGACUACAAGAUAUACCAGCCCACAGAGACAUACAUCUUUUUAAAAAAGGUAUAAAACCUAUGUGGGAAGAUGCAGCCAAUAAAAAAGGAGGCAAAUGGGUUAUAAGACUUAGGAAAGAACAAGCAGGGAGGGCUUGGGAAAACUUAUGUAUGGCUAUGUUAGGAGAACAGUUUAUGGCUGGUAAUGAAAUAUGUGGAGUAGUUGUAUCGACGCGAUAUCAGGAAUACCUCCUAAGUAUUUGGAAUCGGACAGCUUCAGAUCAAGCAACCACAGCUAGAAUAAGAGAUGCCUUAAAACGACUGUUAAAUAUACCUUCUGGUGCCACCAUGGAGUACAAAACACACAAUGAUUGUCUCAAAUACGGGGCUACAAAAACAAUACCAAACAAUUUGUUAAAAAGCUGACCCCGUAAAAAAUUUUAGAAAAUUAUGAUUUUACUGUUUACUGAAAUCUGUAUUGAAAAAAAAAUAAUAAUUAAGAUAAACUUCAUUAAUGUUA